UCUCCUCCGCUGCGCCUAUACCGCUACCUUCAGCCUCCAGCCGCCAGCCCCCGCCAGCAGAGGACUCGACACUAGGAAGGGAGCCCGAGGCCAGGCGCACUUCUCCCGCAGAAGCAUAUGGGCUCUGUGACGACUCGCCCCUCGAGUAAUCUACGUAAGCACGACAGCGGUAUAGGGUGCCAACCCCCCAGCGGCAAGAGGCAUUUAAAUUGAGUAAAGACUGGGAAUCGACAUCGUUUGGCUCGGGAUGAGUUUUGAUCUGACCGGUGGCCGAAUCUGCAUCUUUGUUCCCCCUUUCGGAGCGCUCCUUUGCGGUUCAGAGUCAUCUGCCGACCAGGUUCCCAGGCUGCCUGGCUGAGCUGCUCCGGCUCCGCGCUCACUCGCGCUUUCCAGCAGAUUUCGGUCCAUCGGAACCGGGGGGUUUCCUUCGCUGGCCGCUUAAAAUGUCCGGGGAGGCAGUGCUUAUACCGGACGAUCGCGCCUUCAGCAACUUUAAAAAUGAAUGCAACUCAGCAGACGGAUGGACCUUGACGUACAACAAGUCCGGGAUCAGUGUGUGGAUCCAGAUUUUGCAAGAGGAGAAGUCCUUGCAUAAAAUAAAGUGUCAGAUGGUGUGCAAAGACGUCGCCACGGAGACCAUGUACGACGUCCUGCACGACACGGAGUACCGGCGCAAAUGGGACUCCAACGUGAUCGAGACCUUCGACAUCGGCAAGCUGACGGUCAACGCGGACGUGGGCUACUACUCGUGGAAGUGUCCCAAGCCGCUGAAGAACCGUGAUGUCAUCACUCUGCGCUCCUGGUUGCCCAUGGGACGCGAUUACAUCAUCAUGAAUUACUCCGUCAAGCACGCGAAAUACCCGCCAAAGAAGGAUAUGGUACGUGCCGUUUCCAUCCAGACGGGCUAUUUGAUCCAGAGCAACGGACCCAACAACUGUACCCUGACCUACCUGGCGCAGGUGGACCCGCGAGGUUCCUUACCCAAGUGGGUCGUCAACAAGUCUUCCCAGUUCUUGGCGCCCAAAGCCAUGAAGAAGAUAAACAAGGCUUGUCUGAAGUAUCCAGAGUGGAAACAGAGGCACAACCCUGGGUACAAGCCGUGGCUGUACCCUGAGCAGAACCGGCUGGCCAGCAUCCCCGUAUCGGAGCUGAGCAUUCAGCACGCGGAGUCCUUGGAGAACAUCGACGAGAGCAGCCUGAGCGAGGCGAAGGAUGAGCGGGGCGAGGGCAGCGACGAGGAGGGGGGCAACUGAGGGACAUUCACACACACACUCACACACACACACACACACACUCACACACACUGUCCACGCACGUUCACAAACGCAGCAGGUGUUUGAGCAGCCUCUGGAGUUGGGGUCUUUUUUUGUCCCCCCCUUCCCUUCCUCCCCAACAAUCAAACCUCAAACCUGGACCCUCAGACACACGUGACACCAAACGUGCUGCAGGCGUGUAGCCAUGCUUCAUACGUGUAGCCAUGCUUCAUACGUGAUUACAUUACAGGUUUUGGAAAGGACUCCUAACACAACCAAAUAACCACCGUUGGCCACCCUGGAGGCCUGACUUCUGCUGGCUGAUCAGCACAUACACUCAGUGUCUGUUUGAAGAACAAUGACCAGUGUAUUUGUCUGGUGUGACUUACGCUGGAAAUAUAGACCCCUAGUGACCCAAGCUGAUAUUGUGUCCCCUCCCUGUUCACCAGGCUUAAUGUUCUGCCUUGUGAGAGUUUUUGUUGUGUGAAUGUACGUUUAAAAACAAGUGAAAAUACAGAGUAUCUUGAAGGUUUUGA